AUGGCUUUUGCAAACAAUACCCAGAAAUUAUACCUUGGCACCAUCACCUUCCUAGUCACGGUGCUAAGUCUACAUAUUCUUAAUCAUAAUGUCGCCGCACUGUGGCUAAACCACGGGAGUGACAUAACCAACGACAGGAAAGCAGAUGGGGAGGCGCUGAUCAGCCCAAGGACGGCGUCGAGGCUGCGUUUGCGGUGGAAGUUCCUCGCCGGCAGAGACAUAACCGCGACACCGGCUAUAGCCAACGGAGUGGCCUAUUUCCCGUCGUGGGAUGGAAAUCUAUACGCGGUGAACGCCUUUAAUGGUCGGUUGAUAUGGAAGAGGAAUCUUAACGAGCUAACGGGACUUAAUGGCACCGGAAUCAUCGUGAAUGUGAAUGUGACGGUUUCGAGAACAACCCCGGCAAUAGCCGGUGACCGCUUGAUCGUCGGAAUUUAUGGACCUGCUCUUGUGAUCGCGGUCUCACGUCUUGAUGGGAGGCUUUUGUGGUCGACGCUACUUGACCCUCGUCCUCGUGCCCUAAUCACGGCCUCUGGAACUGCUUACUUGGGGGAUUUCUACGUUGGGGUUUCAUCACUGGAAGUAGUGUUACCAGCCGACCAAUGCUGCACAUUCCGUGGCAGCUUGGUAAAGCUAGACGUUAGGACCGGCAGAGUUCUGUGGCAGACUUACACACUCCCCGACAACGGUGGUAAGCGGGGAGGUUAUGCUGGAGCCGCCAUAUGGGGAAGCAGCCCCGCCAUCGAUGUGAGGAGGCAGCAUGUUUACGUGGGAACUGGUCAGCUCUACACGGCUCCAGCUGAGGUCCUCAGAUGCCAAGAGGAGCAGAACAACCAACCUGGAAAGCCAACUCACCCUGAUCAGUGCAUUGGACCAAACAUCCACUACAAUUCCAUUCUCGCUUUUGAUAUCGAUACUGGGGGGAUUGUUUGGUCCAGGCAGUUGGGAGGCUAUGAUGUCUUUUAUUUUGUGUGUUUGGUUCCCAACAACCCUGACUGUCCUCCUGGACCUAAUCUUGACGCCGAUUUCGGGGAGGCACCCAUGCUGCUCACCAUUAAUCCGAACGGAACACGCCGAGUCGACGUCGCCGUUGCUGUCCAGAAAAGUGGGUUUGCUUGGGCUCUGGACCGUGACAAUGGUGACAUUGUUUGGUUUAAGUUGGCAGGACCAGGUAGCUUGGAGGGAGGAGGCAUCUGGGGUGCAGCCACGGAUGGGAGAAGGGUCUACACAAACAUAGUCAACGCCGAUAAGAAGCCUUUCGUCCUUGCCCCAUCUAAUCGGACGGCCACCUCAGGCGGAUGGGUGGCUCUUGAUGCAAAUACUGGGAGAAUCUUGUGGACCACGGCUGAUCCAGCCAACGACACCGCCCAUGGGCCGGUCACUGUGGCCAACGGUGUCGUCUUUGCUGGGUCAGUAGCUCCUAGUGGUCCAGUCUAUGCCAUGGACGGUGAAACCGGAAAGAUUCUAUGGUCAGCAAACACAGGUGCCACUGUUUAUGGGGGUGCUUCAGUAGGCUAUGGAUGCAUGUUUAUAGGGAGUGGAUACAGCGUUAGUCUCGCAAGGUUCCACCCUACUUGGACUCCCGGAACUUCUCUCUUUGCUUACUGCGUUCUAUGA